GCCCGCUGCCCCCCGGAAGCAGUCCGCGCCGUGUCCCGGAAGUUGUCGCGGGAGGGAGGGGGGAGUCCGGCCCGGAGCGAGGCCCUGUUGCUGCCGCUGUGGGGAGGCGCAGCCGUUACGAGCGGCGCCACUCGGGGCCGCCGACUCGCCCCUCGCAGGUGGCCCGGCGCGGCCCGGCCCGGCUCGCCGGCUCGGCUCGGCGGCCGGCCAGCCAGCCAGCCAGCGCGGGGCUCAUGGCGGAGUAGAUGAAAACACACUUUGUGGACUUCCUGGUCACUGCAUCUUGCUCAACACUGAUGCAUGAGAAGUGAUAAUAGUGAUUAGAAAUCGCUAGGAAGGUUGUUGGACAAUGAGCCGAAAAGAAUACUGUGCUGUAGGUGGGUGAGCCUCCCUCAUGCAGUGCUUGUGUUCCCCACCGCGUUCCCCAGCUUUCAUGAGCAGCAGUGGAAGAACAUGGGCUUUCACGUGGGAAGAUUGUCUGAGGAGGAGCAAACCUGCGCAUCUGAGACUUUGAGAACAGACUGAGUUUUAGAUCAAAUGAUUACUUCUGUGACAAGACAGCAUGACACUUUGAAGUAUGACGGAAGUCCUGAUGCUGCAGCAGAGGCUGGGACUAUUAAUGGCCAAAUCUAGAGAUCACAUGGUCUUCUAAAGAAGUCAUGGGUAGCUGCUGUAGCUGUCCAGAUAAAGAAACUGUCCCAGAUAACCAUCGAAACAAGUUUAAGGUUAUUAACGUGGAUGAUGAUGGUAACGAACUGGGUUCUGGCAUAAUGGAACUUACCGAUACAGAACUAAUUUUAUACACCCGUAAAAGGGAUUCUGUAAAAUGGCACUACCUCUGUCUCCGUCGCUAUGGCUACGACUCAAAUCUUUUCUCUUUUGAAAGUGGUCGAAGGUGUCAAACCGGACAAGGAAUCUUUGCCUUUAAAUGUGCCCGUGCAGAAGAGCUAUUUAAUAUGUUGCAAGAGAUAAUGCAGAAUAAUAGCAUAAAUGUGGUAGAAGAACCAGUAGUAGAAAGGAAUAAUCAUCAAACUGAGUUGGAAGCUCCAAGAACCCCUCGAACACCUACCACUCCUGGGUUCAAUGCACAAAGCCUACCUAAUGGCUAUCCCAGAUAUCCAUCUUUUGGAGAUGCUUCAUCACAUCCUUCCAGUAGGCAUCCUUCUGUUGGAAGUGCACGCCUCCCCUCUGUCGGUGAAGAAUCAACACAUCCUUUGCUUGUAGCAGAGGAACAAGUGCACACUUAUGUCAACACUACUGGGGUACAAGAGGAAAGAAAAAAUCGAUCAAGUGUGCAUGCGCCACUGGAAUCAAAGCUUUCAAACAUUGAAACAAGUAAAGUGAAAGAAGAUCAGAUGUGUACUGAUGACAGAGAUGCUCAGGUUCUCCUAGAGCCUGAAGGAGUCAAGUUUGUUUUGGGACCAACACCUGUUCAAAGGCAGUUAAUGGAAAGAGAGAAACUGGAGCAACUUGGGAGAGACCAAGUUAGCGGCAGCAGCACAAACAACACUGAAUGGGACACUGGGUACGACAGUGAUGAACGUAGAGAAACGCCAUCUGGUAAUAAACUGGUAUAUGAAAAUAUAAAUAGGUUAUCAAUCCCUAGUGCCUCAGGGGUCAGGAGAGGUCGUUUGACAUCAACCAGUACCUCAGAUACCCAGAACAUUAACAACUCUGCUCAAAGGAGAACUGCGUUGUUGAACUAUGAGAACUUGCCAUCGUUGCCUCCUGUUUGGGAAGCCCGCAAGCUGAGUAGAGAUGAAGAUGACACUUUAGGACCAAAGACCCCAUCUCUGAAUGGCUACCACAAUAACCUAGAUCCAAUGCAUAAUUAUGUCAAUACGGAGAAUGUAACAGUACCAGCAAGUGCUCAUAAAGUAGAAUUUACGCGACGUCGGGACUGUACCCCAACGGUCUUCAACUUUGACAUUAGGCGUCCAAGUUUAGAACACAGACAGCUCAACUAUAUACAGGUUGACUUGGAAGGUGGUAGUGACUCCGACAACCCGCAGACUCCAAAAACCCCCACCACUCCACUUCCACAAACUCCAACCAGGCGCACAGAGCUGUAUGCUGUGAUAGACAUUGAAAGAACUGCUGCUAUGUCAAGCUUGCAAAAAGCACUGCCCCGAGAUGAUGGUACUUCUAGGAAAACUAGACAUAACAGUACUGACCUGCCUAUGUGAGCCUGGAAAGCAUUAAAUCGUUUGCACCUUUUGUGAAGUUUAUAAAAUUGAAGAUGCAAGUACUUUGCAUUUCUUAACACUAACGCCUUUUUAUAGACUAAUAGAACUUUUUCUGCAUAUUUCAUGUACUUGUCUAACUAAAGGGAAUUAAUGUAGAGCAAGUAUUCAUUUAAAUAACACUAUUUCAUUCUAUGGUAGUAGUAAUUACUGCAUAGCAGCAUCACCACCUUUCACAGUGCCUCUUUAAAUUGAUUAGAGUCUGAGUGACAUGCCAGUUUUGAAUUUAUAAAUAUUCUGGUCUGGUGCCUGUAGUCAUUAAUGGCAUUUAUAACACUUUUAAAGCCUCUCGAUAUGCAUUAUUAGCAGGUAAACCUAGUCUUUCAAGGUACAUAUCUUUACAUUCAGUCUUCAUUCAAAUGGCUCCUCCAGAACGAAAUGUAUGUAAUUCAUUAAUUCACUCAGUUUGACUUACACAAGAUAUCUUGGUUCAUCUCAAGGGAUAUAAACACCACGCUUCUUAUGUCUGUUGUUGUUUUUUUUUUUUUUUUUUUUUUUUAAGACCACAUGGGUAAGAAGGCCACAAAUUCCCAAUAGUUUUCUUAGCUUGUGUGAUAUCUGAGAGGUCAUAUCGAAGCUUGCUUGAUCAGAGCUGUAAAUGCAUCUGAAACCAGCCUUAAGUCACUUUUGCUAGAAGAGAGUUUCAAGUCGUGUAUCAAGUUCCCUGUGAAAUCUGACAAAAUUUUGAUCUCAUUAGUCUUUUGUGAAGGAAUUCACAGGUUGGCUGUAUGAGUUAAGGCUCUUUCAUCAUUUCUUAGUUUGGUGUGCCUUCUUUUCUUUGCAGUUUUAUGUUUCUUUUUACUUGUCCUAUAAUGUCUUGUUUCAAGCAUCAAAAUUUUGUACAUAGCUUUAAUUAUUGUUCAGGGUUGUUUGUGUAUUAUUCUCCGCAUUUGACAAAGAAAGACUCUUGAAGGUCAAAUGGUUGUCUUUGUCCAGUGUUCUACUUUUUAUGCCUGACAGAAAUAUCCCAGCUCUCCAGCAGCAUGCAUUAUUGCACAACUGGAAAGAUUAAUUAUGCAUUUAUUGUCUUCCUCUGAAGCAUCAGACACAGGUUACACGGGAGGCAGGGUACUGGACUUGAUAGUUCUUAGAGCAAAUUGUACAUUCUAGCAAUGUGCAUCCAUAGUUGAUAGUAUACUUUAAUUUAGAAAGAAUAUGUAGUAAAUUAUCUGAAGGUAGUAUUAUCUAUGAGCAUACUUCUUUUCCUUUUGCAGUUGGUGAAGUUGGUUACAAUAAUAGCUGCUCAGUGUUACAGGUACAUCCAGGUAUCAUGCAUUUGUUGAAUAUGCCAGAUGCACCCUUAGCUGUUGUUUUUUUUUUGUUUGUGUUUUUUUAAUUCUGAAUAAUUUUAGAAUUCUGGCAGUAUUUCCAGUGCACCUGGGUAUUAGCAGCAGAAGAGAUUACUCUUGAGCCAGUGAUUGCAAAGGAACUGACACUUGUGUGAACUGGUGUGAUUUAAAAAAAAAAAAAAAAAAAAAAAAAAAAAAAAAAAAAGCCUUGAACUGUGUGUAAGGAAAACAUGUGCAAGAAAAGCCAUUGGAGGAUCUGAAAAAGAAUUAAGGGUCUUCAUGCAAUAUUUGAAUUGAAGUUUUAUUAAAAACAAAACUAUUUCCAAUCUUUUAAAUUGGAGUGUAUUCCUGUUCCCUUGUUAAUUUUUUCUUUGGUCUUCUCUCAGUUUAGUAGUGGCAACAGUGACAGCACCUGAAAUACAUGUUCCUUGUCACAUCUUUAAGGGAUAAUAUCAGGCAACCUUUUCACUCUGAAAGAUGUUCAUUGUUCUUUACAGACUAUAUGGUACUGAAAUACCAGAUGCACAAAGAACAGUUUGCAGAAGUAAAAGAUGAGUCAUUGAGACUAUUAUGAGAAAUUUAAGAGAUCAAAAAGCUUUUCAUCAAUGAUUUUACUGUCAGCCUAUGCAUAGUAUUGUGAUAGGCUUGUUGACAUCUGAGGAGAACUUGGUGCUCAAGAAGGUAAAGACUAGCUAGAGCUAGACAUUUUGCAGGUCUGCAGUGUUCAUGCUCCUUCACAUCUUUGCCAGUGCCUCAUCUUAUGCUGUUGACCAGUCUUCGUCUCUACUGAAGAGAGAUUACCAAGUGUUGUGAAAUAGGUAGUGGAUUAAUGAUACUGGUGUGAUUCUUGUUCCUAGCUUACAGCUCACUUAAAUUUGUGAGCCAUACUAACACUUCAGCAUGUGUUUUGAGGCAAAACUGUUUGAUCUAGCUAGCAGCCUAGAAAUAUUUGGUCCUCAUCUGUGUAGCAUGGAUGUCUCAGAAAUGUUAGUUAAUUUGAUCCUUAAAACAUAUCUGUGAGGCAGGAAGUAAUAUUCUUAAUUGACAAAUAGAGGAAGAGACUUUAGGUAGAUCGUAAGUGACCUGCUGAAAUUCCAGAACACAAACAUGUUCCUCCUUAGUUCUAGUAGGUUGUCCUAUACAUUUAUACUGAAUAAUCUCAGAUACAAAGGAUGGUCUGAAUAAUUUUUUUAAGUUGUUGCAAGUUUGCAAGUCACAAUACUUUGUGUGUGGGGGGGUGUUUUCCUAACUCUGGUGCCUGGAAUUGAGGACUAACUGAAAUGUCAGCUUCUGUGAUUUCUGAGUGCUUAGUCCUGGUGUUUUGUUAGUAUCCUAAGCAGAAAAUACAUCAGGCAGAAUUUAAGGGAAAACCUUCUAUAGCCUUAAUUAUGUUAAUCAGUCUGACACCAUAUUUUCUAGGAAUAUCUUUUUAUCCUCUUUCAUUCUACAGGUGGGAUAAUGCUUUCUUGUUUUUUGUAAGCUGGAAAAAUACUGCAUAGUCCCUGUUCCCUGUCUUUAGCAUUAUUUUCAUUACCUUAUUUUCUGCCCCUUGAAGUAGAUGUAGUUGCAAUGCACUUUACCCUUGGAGACUUGGUAAAUAUUUUUGCAGUUCAGUCUCUUUAAAGGUUGUAAUGUUAGGUUUAUUGUCUGUAGAUCUAGGAUUCAGUUUUCAGCUGAAAUCUCUCCACAGUAUUUAGAUCAUAUUUAUUUUGGGCUCACAAGUGUAUAGCGUGAGAAGCUACAAAUACGGUAACAGUUUUCUUUAAUAAUUGAGACAUGUUAAUUUUACAUAAACUGUGUCCUGCAAAAAUGGCAACAUUUCCUUCAGUUCCACUUUUCAUCCAUAACAUGCAAUUGACUGCUACUCUUCAAGCACAUAAGAUGAGGGAAAGUCUUAAACUGUUUCUCCUUCAAUGCCGUGAUUUGUGAAAAUAAAUAUAACAUAAAUUAGAGUAUCUUUUAAACAAGGAAAUUCAUUUUCAAUUUAUAGAGAUAAUAAAGGUGAAGCAGUGGCCAAAAGUACAUAAUAAAAAUUGCAUCAGAAAUGCCGUUGGUGAGAAUGUAAUCCAUUAGUUAUAUCAAUUUGAGAAGGAAAAUAAUACUUUCCUGAUAUAAAAAGGAGGUACAACUUUAAUUUUGUAGUGUUUCUGAGUGACUUCAUAAAACAAUAUAAAAAAGACCAUUCUGAAAACUUUAACUGUCCUUAGAGCACUCUUGUUCUAGUAAUAUUUUUAAAAUGUCAACUAUGCAGGUGUAUUGAUCAGUGCAUUUUGCAUACGAUAGGUGUUGAAUGUAAUGGUGUGCAUUUAAACCCUAUUCCUGUUCCUAUUUAAGUCUACAAAACUUGGUUAAAAAGCUUACAUAUUUAAAUAGACAUUUCAUAUCAUAAAGUGCUUAAUUUUUUUUUCUAAGAUGUUUAGAUAUUUGUGUGUGUUUGAACCUCUGACUAGGAUUUGGAUGCAACAAGGUCCACAGAAAGGUUUGAGCUGUAGAAAGUCCAAAACAAGGCUGCUCUUUUGCAGGUGACAGACCAACAGUUGAUUUUGUUGGAUUUAUGCCAGCGUGCAUUGGCUCGAAAUCUGGCUAUGCUUGUCUUGUUUUCAUAUGUAACUAUGUUCACAAUGAGACAGAAUUGGGAAAGAGCAGACUGUCUAUAUUCACUGUUGGUGAAGUAAAAAAUGCAAGUUCUGAUUAAUUUCAGUUACUACUCUGAGCAUAUAAUGUUGGGUCUGAUUUGGACCUCUAUUUCUUAGCAGUAUUUUCUUCUUCAUGUAAGGUGGAAUCAAUGGUGAAAUGGCAUUUCUGCACUGUACUAAUUUAUUUAUGGCUGCAAAUAAGAUAAAAGUGAUUGACUAGGAGCUAAUAGUGGACUUAAAUCUAAAGUUUUCCCAAUUUCCCCUGCAAGAAGCCAAAAGAAGCUUGGUCCUCCAGUUUGUUGGAUAGAAUUAGGUAUUUCUGGAAUUUAAUUAUAAGAUCUUUGCCAUCCUUCCCUAGAGGUAGCAAUUCAGGCAUUUAUAGUCAACAGUAUUUACAUUAUAUAAACGUAAGUUCAUUUACAAUAACUUUAUUUUUAAAUCCAUAUACACUCCAACAAAAAAAAAUCCAGAAGAAAUUCCACCACAAAAAACUGCGUUAAGAUGGAGUCAAGGUUGCUGAUGUCCUUCUUACAUAAUAAAUACUAAAAAGACAGGAAGUCUUGAGUUAAGGUGCUUUCACAGUCUUUAGAAGUUCCUCUUCGGGGCAAGAUAAGUGAAUAAGGAAAAAAAAAAAACAUAGCAGCUGUAACUCUGACCAGGUAUACAUUAUUCCUUCUAAUACUGUGCUGUAAGGUAUAACUAAGUCUGCCAGAUGUUUUAUUAGGAUAUUAUCCUAACACGGUGUUUACUCCAAAUUAACGCAGUAUUUUGUUUGGAAGUAUGUAGGUGUACAGAUAGAAAUAGAAUAUGAGAUAAAAGUUACCUUUAAAGUUCAUGAAACAAGUGUUGGACAUAUCUAUAUUUUUAUAUAUUACAAAGGGCAUUUGAAAUUUUUUCUUGCAGUUUUAGUAAUUAUUUAGUGUGGUAAUAUACAUAUAUUGUGACAGUGUCUUCUGAUAUAUCCAUUACUUUGGUGUAAUUCUAUUUUAUGUAGCAAAUAUGUGUAUAUACAAAGGAGAUUAUGUAAAAAAAAUAUGAUUAGAAAUAGGCUUGAGCCCUUCAGAACAGGGACUGUCUUCCUCUGUGUCUGUAAAGUACUUAAUGCCUUGGGGUCCCAGUCUGAGACCUUUGGUGACUGAAUGAUGGAGCGAUGAAUACGGAGGGCACCUCUUCUGCUUUUGAAGAGAAGCCUUAGUACGAAGGUGCCGUGAUGCUCACCUUGCUGCUCCCCGCUGCUGGGGCUGUGCUGUACACGGCUGUUCCCAACACCACCUGCAGACAUCCCUGAUUGCCCCGAGCCAGCGUGUCCCUUGCCCCAGUCCUUCCCUUGGGUGGUAGGAGAGGAAGCCUGAGGUAGGAGUUUUGAUGUCAUUAGGGAAUCUUUCUUGUCAGUAGGGCGAUCCUUCCAGAGCUUGUUUGGGCCUCAUGCAGCAUCCUUUGAAGCCAAAUGAAUCGAAUGCAUUGACUUCAAUGGUCACUGGAUGUGUUCCUACACGAUCAAGUUCUGCUGACAUAACAGCUCUGUUAUACCUGAGGACCUGGUUGGUCGAGUUCUUCAGGAAUGGUCUAAAAAUACUGUAAAAAUAUAAAUAUAUUUAAUUACAUGUACUGAGAAAAUCCUAUUUGUUGUGGUCAGAGUUCAGAUUACUAUGUGAAUUUUGAUUUCUUAGUCAUACUUGCAUAUAUAUUGCUUUAACUAUUAUGUAUGAAAGAGGAAGUGAUUCUAAAGUGUGUGAAAGUUCAGGAUUACACCUGUAUUUUUAAUGGUUAUGUUAUUUAGGAGUGGAUCUCAGCAAAUUUAACUCCAUAUUAAUGCAGUUUUUUUGCAUUAGAAUAUGUGUAUAUCAUACACCCACAUUUUAUAUAUAAUAUGUUAUAUAUUUGGUACUAACUUUGUAUUUUCCCUGAAACUUGCCAAAUCCUGAACACAGAUGUUCUCACUUGUAAGACUUUGGUACUUAAUGACUGAAUGUAUAAGAAGUGCUCUAGUAUGAAAGAAAAUAGUGUCAUAUGGUAUCCCACAAUGUAGAAUGUCUCAACCAGCAGGCGUGUUGCCUUUUUUGCGUGUUACAUCUCAUUCCGUUGCAGCAUCACCUUAUGUCUCCUGAAGCAUUGUCUGUGUUUUUAACUGAGCAGCAGACCUGCCGUUACAGUAUAGCUGAACACAGUUCUAGCAUGAAAGCUGACCGAUAGUAGUAAGAAUACAAUAGUCACCAGUGUGCCACAAAUGCAUUUGUUAAAUGCAGAAAUACACAUAUCUACAAAGGCCAAAAUCUUAUGUUGUAUGUUCCUUUCUUGUCAUUACAUUGUAUGAUAUUGUAAGAUUGUUGUAUGUCCUAAUUUGCAUUAUAAAAUGUUUUUUCCUACUUAAAGGCAUAAAUAUAGCAACUUUGUAUAAAGGUAGCUUUCUAGAUUUUUAUUUCUUUUAUAUAUAAAAAAAGUCUAAACAGUGGGAGUACCAUUGCCAAAUUGUUUAUAAAGUUUCAGUUAACUUGCCCUGUUGAAUUAAUUUUUUACAAACAUUCCUUGUUUCUUUUAUGACAAAAGUGAUACUCUACUAUGCAGAAAGAGUGUAUUUUUAUGCCAUUCCAAAUCAACCUUAAAAAAAUUAAUUUCACUUGUUUUAAACUUUUGUUAUUGAGAAAGCUUACCAAAUGUGCAUUUUAAAAAAAUGUAUUAUGUAUUAUGACAACGUUGUCCCCUUUACCAGUGCCAACUUCAUUUGAAAAAAAAAUUGUAGCAUGGCAAUAAACUAUUGAUUUUACAUUGAAAA